AUGAAAGCCGCUCAGGUCGUCGCUCUCCUUGGACUUGGGUCCUUUUCGUAUGCUCAGGUACCUUCUCCUACUGAGUCAAUUGGAUGUGAGCCCCAUGGUGAUCACUGGCACUGCGAGGGACCUCGCCCUACUUCAGCCGCUGUCAGCUCUGCUGUGAGCUCUGCUGCCGACCCUGGCCCGUCUCCCACCGAGUCUGUCGGAUGCCAGCCCCACGGUGAUCAUUGGCACUGCGAAGGCCCUGCUACCUCUGCUGCUGUCACUACCUCCGCCAGCGAAGACCAUGAUCACGACCACAGCUCUACUGUUGAUCCUGGCCCAUCUCCUACCGAGUCUGUCGGUUGCCAGCCCCAUGGAGACCACUGGCACUGUGAGGGUCCUGCCGUGACCUCUGGCGCCUCCUCUAGGGCUCCCUCUAGCUCUGCCGCUGCUGUCACAACCACCUCUGCCGACCACGACGACCACAGCCAUGGUUCCGCGACCCCUACCAAGCCAUCCCCCACUGAGUCCGUUGGCUGCGAGCCUCAUGGUGACCACUGGCAUUGCGAUGGCCCUCGUGUGACCUCCAGCGGCCUCACUUCCAAGGUUUCCAGCAUCCCUACUCCCAGCAGCAACGGUACCAUCACCACCACCGUUCCCACCGCCAUGGCUGCCGGUCUCUCCACCUCAAGCUUCGGCGUUGUCGCCCUGGCCGGUACCUUUGCCGUCCUGCUCGCACUUUAA